GAGGCCCUAGGGUUCCGCGGGCUGCAGUUCUGAUGCCCCGCCACUCCCCACGAAUUUAGGGUUUGGGUCACGCCUCGCCCCCUCCCGCUACCGGUUCAGCGCAGGGGAGCCCAGAACCGCGUCUUCUCCAGGCCAAGCUAGAUAUUUGGGGUCGGAACUGUCACCCCGUCGCGUCACCUCUGAGGUCUCAGUGAAGGACUGUCUCCUGGGCAGAGGGGGCGUGAGCAUGCGGUGGGCAGGAGCGUGGGCUGGCGCCUGGGUGUGCGGCAGGCGUGCCCUGUAAGGUGACUGGAAAAUGGGUGACUUGCCCUUAGAUAUCAAUAUCCAGGAACCUCGCUGGGACCAAAGCACUUUUCUGGGCAGAGCCCGGCACUUCUUCACUGUUACUGAUCCCCGAAAUCUGCUGCUGUCUGGAGCACAGCUGGAAGCUUCCCGGAACAUUGUGCAGAACUACAGAAUUGCCUGUCUGUUCCUUACCACUCUCUGCAGGGCCGGUGUGGUGACGCCAGGGCUCACUGAGGACCAGUUGUGGAGGGCCAAGUAUGUGUACGAUUCUGCCUUCCAUCCGGACACAGGGGAGAAGGUGGUCCUGAUUGGCCGUAUGUCAGCCCAGGUGCCCAUGAACAUGACCAUCACUGGCUGCAUGCUCACCUUCUACAGGAAGACCCCAACCGUGGUGUUCUGGCAGUGGGUGAAUCAGUCCUUCAAUGCUGUUGUUAAUUACUCCAACCGCAGUGGCGAUGCUCCCAUCACUGUGGGGCAGCUGGGAACAGCUUAUGUGAGUGCCACCACCGGGGCUGUGGCCACAGCCCUGGGCCUCAAAUCCCUCACCAAGCACCUGCCCCCCCUGGUGGGCCGAUUUGUGCCCUUUGCAGCUGUGGCAGCUGCCAACUGCAUCAACAUCCCCCUGAUGAGGCAGAGGGAACUGCAGGUGGGCAUCCCUGUGACUGAUGAGGAAGGUCGGAGACUUGGCCACUCAGUGGCCGCUGCCAAGCAAGGAAUCUUCCAGGUGGUGAUAUCGAGAAUCUGCAUGGCCAUUCCUGCCAUGGCCAUUCCCCCUGUGAUCAUGGACGCUCUGGAGAAGAAAGACUUCCUAAAGCGUCGCCCCUGGCUGGGAGCACCCCUGCAGGUGGGACUUGUGGGCUUCUGCCUGGUAUUUGCCACCCCCUUGUGCUGUGCCCUGUUCCCCCAAAGAAGCUCCUUACAUGUGAGCAGGCUGGAGCCGGAGCUGAGAGCUCAGAUCCGUGAGCAAAACCCCAGCAUCGAAGUGGUUUACUACAACAAGGGACUCUGAAGGAGGGUCAGCCCCUGGACUCCUCCCUCAUCUCCUUGGGCUGCUGCUUUAGUGGACCCUUGCCAUCCCUGCCACUGGCCCAUCUGCCUGGUACUGGGCGGGGCUUGGUGGGGAAGCAGCCAUUGAGACCAGCAAUCCUUAGGCUGAGAGGUGUCCCCAUUAAGCCUUUUCCUCUCCUCUCUGGUUUCAAAGAGCAGGGUCACAUAAUCCCUUUCUGCUGUGCUUCUAUGUCUGUGUAUGGACACACACGAUACGUGUGUAUGUGUGUGUGUACAUGCUGUCCGGGAAGCAAGGAACAGAUGUGCUGUCCUAGGGUGUCCUGAUAUCUUGGCUUCUCCUCUCGGCCUCUUGCCACCUGUCAGCCAGCCAGGUUCCAGGACUUCCCUGCCUAAACAGUUCCACCGGCCAAGUCAUUUCUAACAGCACCUCGCCCCUUCUGGACACCGGAGUAGCCAGCAUCUUAGGACAAAAACGGAGGGAUACCAGCAGGCCAAACUGGGCCAAAUCCUUCAGAUUACUGUUUCCUGGCUCCCAAGGACUGGGCUGGCAGAGAAAGACAUACCAGGGUAAGGGAGAUGGGGAGUUGAUGCAUCCCCCACACCCUGAAAGAGCCAGUUUCUUCUCCUUUCCUCUAUCAGAACAAAGGAGCGGUGGUAUACUGUCCCAUUCCUGCCAUCUUCCCAUCUCCCCCACACUGCAGUGUGGCCAUCUUUAGGUACAUUCUUAGGAGUUCUUAGUUUCCUCUGACAUCAUAACCUCAAAUCUACAUCUAAAGUCCCAACCAACCAAAAAGCCAGGAAGGCAGAGCAAGCAUUCCCCCUUUAAGAGCGCCCAGCGCCCCCUCUGGCAGAGGGACGCAGCUGUGGGGACGGUGCUUAACCUCCACAGGUAGCUGAGUGGAGACAACUAGCACACCCUCAAGGGCAACUAGGCCCUGAGUAUACAAUCUUAAGACAGGAAAUUCUGUGUUCUCUUGACUCUUGUUAGACAUUCAGCAGAACCCUGACCUUAGCUCCUCUUUUUUGCGGCUUGGCCCUGCUCCUACCUCUACUCCCACCCCCAGUCCCCAAGAGGAAGAAGGGCCCAGGUAUCCAUAGCUGGUCCAAAGGGCGGGUAGGCUUGGGAAUGGGAUAUGUGGUGGUACACUCACAGGAUACAGAGCUGGACCUUGACUCCCAACUCCCAUGAGCUCUAGCUGAAGCAGUGGGUAGGAUGGAUGAAGGCCCAGUGGGAUCCUCUAAGAGCAUUUUCAUGCUCUCCCAAUUAUCUGCUACCAGUGACUAAACCUAUGAUGCCAUUGUUAAUUAAAAAUCUGUCUACUUCUUGAACUUCA